AUUCCAAUUGGGUGACACGAGCAGUGACAAGCGAAGGACAGCUGGCGAUGUCCGUGUGACAGGGGACCGUCGCCAGACCGUUGUGUCUUCUGUCUGAGGGGCUGCUCUCUCGGGGUGUAGGGAAGAGCCUAAAAGACAGGCCACACGGGACUGCUAGGAAUCCGCAUGAGGCCCGAAGCGGGACUGCCGUAGGACAUCUCCAGGAGGGAGGCGCAGAGCCUCGGCGGGCCCGGAACGAGCCUGGAGCGCGCCGGAUGGCAGCCGCGGGCUCCUUUAAGAGGCCGGCGGCUCCUGUGCAGCAUCCCCCGCUCAGGGCGUGUCCGUCCCGGGGGGCCAGGGGCGGGGGCCUCGGAAGGAGCGGGAGUUCAAGUCGAGAGGGGACAGGGCUUAGAGUAGGGGGUGGGCGCCGACAGCUGGGGCCGACGCCCGAGCACCUGAGCCUCACGCGAGCAUCGCCGGUGACAGCGCCCCGGGUCCGGUGGAGGGCAACGGGGGGAGGAGGGAAGGAGGAGGAGGCGGGAGCAGCAUCCGGAGCGGAGCUGCAGCAGCGCCGCCUUUUGUGCUGCGGCCGCGGAGCCCCCGAGGGCCCGCUGCUCAGCACACCUGGCUCCAGAAGCCAUGGCCUGCCUGCACGACACCAGAACACCCUCCCCAUCGUUUGGGGGCUUCGUGUCUGCCCUGAGCGAGGCCUCCAUGCGCAAGCUGGACCCGGACACCUCAGACUGCACCCCUGAGAAGGACCUGACGCCCACCCAGUGUGUGCUUCGAGAUGUGGUGCCUCUGGGUGGGCAGGGCGGGGGAGGGCCCAGCCCCUCCCCAGGCGGAGAGCCUCUCCCGGAGCCGUUUGCCAACAGUGUCCUGCAGCUGCAUGAGCAGGAUGCUGGGGGGCCUGGGGGGGCCACUGGCUCCCCCGAGAGCCGAGCGUCGAGAGUCCGGGCUGACGAGGUGCGGCUGCAGUGCCAGAGCGGCAGCGGCUUCCUCGAAGGUCUGUUUGGCUGCCUGCGCCCUGUCUGGACCAUGAUUGGCAAAGCCUACUCCACGGAGCACAAGCAGCAGCAGGAAGACCUCUGGGAAGUCCCCUUUGAGGAGAUCCUGGACCUGCAGUGGGUUGGCUCAGGCGCUCAAGGUGCUGUUUUCCUGGGGCGCUUCCAUGGGGAGGAGGUGGCUGUGAAGAAAGUUCGAGACCUGAAGGAGACGGACAUCAAGCACCUGCGAAAGCUGAAGCACCCCAACAUCAUCACUUUCAAGGGUGUUUGCACACAGGCUCCCUGCUACUGCAUCCUCAUGGAGUUCUGCGCCCAAGGACAGCUGUAUGAGGUGCUCAGGGCCGGCCGCCCAGUCACGCCCUCCCUGCUGGUGGACUGGUCCAUGGGCAUCGCCGGCGGCAUGAAUUACCUGCAUCUGCACAAGAUUAUCCACAGGGACCUCAAAUCCCCCAACAUGCUAAUCACCUAUGACGACGUGGUGAAGAUCUCAGAUUUUGGCACUUCCAAGGAGCUGAGUGACAAGAGCACCAAGAUGUCCUUUGCAGGGACAGUAGCCUGGAUGGCCCCUGAGGUGAUCCGCAACGAGCCCGUGUCUGAGAAGGUGGACAUCUGGUCCUUCGGGGUGGUGCUGUGGGAAUUACUGACUGGAGAGAUUCCCUACAAAGACGUAGACUCCUCAGCCAUCAUCUGGGGUGUUGGAAGCAACAGUCUCCAUCUGCCUGUGCCCUCCAGCUGCCCAGAUGGUUUUAAAAUUCUGCUUCGCCAGUGCUGGAACAGCAAACCCCGAAACCGCCCAUCCUUCCGGCAGAUCUUGCUGCACCUGGACAUCGCCUCGGCCGACGUGCUGUCCACGCCCCAGGAGACUUACUUUAAGUCCCAGGCAGAGUGGCGGGAAGAGGUGAAACUGCACUUUGAAAAGAUUAAGUCGGAAGGGACUUGUCUGCACCGCCUGGAGGAGGAGCUGGUGAUGCGAAGGAGGGAGGAGCUCAGACACGCCCUGGACAUCAGGGAGCACUACGAGCGGAAGCUGGAGCGAGCCAACAACCUGUACAUGGAGCUGAACGCCCUCAUGCUGCAGCUGGAGCUCAAGGAGCGGGAGCUGCUCAGGCGCGAGCAGGCCUUAGAAAGGAGGUGUCCGGGGCUCCUCAAGUCCCACCCCUCCCGGGGCCUCCUGCACGGAAACACGAUGGAGAAGCUCAUCAAGAAGAGGAACGUGCCGCAGAAACUGUCACCCCACAGCAAAAGGCCAGAUAUCCUCAAGACAGAGUCUCUGCUCCCCAAGCUGGACGCAGCCCUCAGUGGGGUGGGGCUUCCUGGGUGUCCUAAGGGCCCCCCGUCACCCGGGAGGAGUCGCCGCGGCAAGACCCGUCACCGGAAGGCCAGCGCCAAGGGCAGCUGCGGGGACCUGCCGGGGCUUCGCGCGGCCUUGCCGCCCCACGAGCCCGGAGGCCUCGGGAGCCCGGGAGGCCUGGGCGCGGGGCCCUCGGCCUGGGACGCCUGCCCGCCCGCCCUCCGCGGCCUCCACCACGACCUGCUGCUCCGGAAGAUGUCCUCGUCCUCCCCGGACCUGCUGUCCGCCGCGCUGGGGGCCCGCGGCCGGGGGGCGGCGGGGGGAGCUCGGGGCGCGGGCUCGCCCCCUCCGCCGCAGGGCGACACUCCGAGCGAGGGGUCCGCGCCCGGCUCCACCAGCCCGGACUCCCCCGGGGGCGCCAAAGGGGAGCCGCCCCCGGCGCCGGGGCCCGGACGGGAGGGGACGGCGGGCCGGGGCGCGGGCCGGGCCCAGCACCUGACGCCCGCCGCGCUGCUCUACCGGGCCGCGGUGACGCGGAGCCAGAAGCGGGGCAUCUCGUCCGAGGAGGAGGAGGGCGAGGUGGACAGCGAGGUGGAGCUGCCGCCCAGCCAGAGGUGGCCUCAGGGCCCCAACAUGCGCCAGUCGCGGUCCACCGUCAGCUCGGAGAACCCGUCGGACGUGGAGGAGGGCACGGCCAGCGAGCCCUCCCCCAGCGGCACGCCGGAGGUCGGCAGCACCAACACCGACGAGCGGCCGGACGAGCGGUCUGACGACAUGUGCUCGCAGGGCUCCGAGAUCCCGCUGGACCUGCCGGCCUCCGAGGUGGGCGCCGGCCGGGAGAGCGGGCCCCUGCCCGCGCAGCCCCGGGACCCCCUCAGAGCUGAGCAGGGACGCAAUCCGGAGGACUCAGACUGUGACAGCACCGAACUGGACAACUCCAACAGCAUUGAUGCCUUGCGGCCCCCAGCCUCCCUUCCCCCAUGAAAGACACUCUUCUUCCCUGUACAUAGAGAAAUA